AUGUAUCAAAAAGUUUUCAUUGGUAUUGGCAAAUUGCCAGUGGAGCAUCAUAUCAAACUCAAAGACAAUUACGUGUCAGUUGUUCGCCCGCCAAGACGAGUGCCGUUUAAGCUACGAGAUCCAGUAAAGAAUGAGCUUGAUGACAUGGAAAAAUUGAAAUUAGUCUGCAAAGUGACGGAACCGACUGAAUGGGUUAACCCUAUGCUAGCUAUACAAAAAGCCGAUGGUGACGUCCGAAUUUGCCUGGAUCCAGUUGAUUUAAACAAAGAAGUUAAGCGUCAACACUAUCCGGUACCGACAGCACAAGAGUUGUUUGCUCGCAUUGGCAAAGCCAAGUAUUUCUCCACGCUAGAUGCAACAUCUGGGUUUCUACAAAUCCCGCUGACGGAGGAAUCCAGUUAUAUGGCGACGUUCGCAACACCAUUCGGGCGUUAUCGUUUCUUGCGGCUGCCGUUUGGCAUCUCUUCGGCACCGGAAGUGUAUCAGCAGACAAUGGAACAGUUCUUUGGUGAUCUUGAAGGCGUUGAAAUAUAUUUUGACGAUUUUUUCGUGAGGGGAGAGACUCGAGAAGAACACGACCAGCGGUUGCAAGCAGUAUUUGAUCGAUGUGUAAAAGUGAAUCUCAAACUUAAUGCUAAAAAGUGCAAGUUUCUCCUCCCGGAGCUGCCAUGGAUCGGUCAUGUCAUCUCUUUCCAGCAGUUAAAGCCAGAUCCAGCCAAAGUAAGUGCCAUUAAGGCGUUUAAAGAACCGAGUUCAAAAGAAGAAUUACAGCGGUUGUUGGGAAUGGUGAACUAUUUAUCCAAAUUUUGUGAACAUUUGUCACCCCUAACGAAACCUUUGCGUGAUUUGUUAAAAAGUGACGUCGAGUGGGUGUGGGACAGCGGCAGCGCCCUCAUUUUACAGUCCGUCAAAGAACUAGUGAGCUCGGCGCCGGUCUUGCGCUUAUUUGAUCCAAAGUUACCGGUUACGGUCUCAGUCGACGCGUCCCCUUAUGGCCUUGGAGCUGUACUCCUGCAAGAUGGUCAGCCCAUUGAAUUUGCGUCGCGGUCACUGACAGACACACAACGUCGCUAUGCCCAAAUUGAAAAGGAGUUGUUAGCAGUGCAGUUUGGCAUGACACACUUCCAUCACUAUGUCUACGGAAAUCAGCGGAUGCGACUACAGCUGCAGGUUUACAGUUAUCAACUUCUCUACAAGCCCGGGAAGGAACUCUAUCUGGCAGAUACGCUCAGCAGAGCGCCAGACACUCAGGAAUACGCGACAGAUCAGUCACAAAUAAAUGAAGAAUUUGUACAUGCAAUGCUCAGCUACGUCAUCCCAGGAGAAACGGCUAAAGAAAAAUAUGCUAAGGCUACUCAGAGUGAUGCUACGUUGCAACUUGUCAUCGGAUUAGUGGAAGUGGGGUGGCCGAAUCACAAACGAGAUUGCCCGGUGCCGGCUAAGCCGUUUUGGUCGGAAAGGGCCAGUUUAUCAACAGCUGGUGGUUUGCUUCUGCGAGGACAUCAGGUGGUGGUUCCCGUCUCUCUGCAGUCGGAAAUAUUGAAGCAGUUUCAUGAUGGCCACUUCGGAGAGUCUAAAUGUCUCGAAAGAGCCAAAUCAGUUGCUUACUGGCCAGGAUAUGUCGAAGAAAUACGCAACCUUGUAGCCGGAUGCCGCAUAUGUCAAGAGCGGCGUCACCAAAAUCCACAUCAGCAGUAUUAUCCAGUGGAAGUUCCGGAUCACCCCUUUCAGCGUGUGGCGACGGAUUUCUUCCACUUACGUGGUAAAGACUACUUGUUAACCGUUGACUACUACAGUAAGUGGCCCUGUGUCGUCGAGAUGACCUCAACAACAAGUGCAGCCAAAAUCAAAGAAUUAGAUAAAAUAUUCUCUGAUUUUGGAGUGCCGGAAGUGCUUGUGUCGGAUAAUGGCCCGCAAUUUGGCAGCGCUGACUUCCGAGCGUCUGCUUGUCAUCUCGCCAUAUCUCACGUCACAUCAAGUCCAUUUUAUCCAGAGUCAAAUGGUCAGGCGGAGAGAUCAGUACAAACUGUAAAAGCGGCGUUUGUUAAGUCCAUGGAGGAUGGUCGCACGCUCCAGGAUACACUCCGUGCAAUUCGUUCAACUCCCAUCGGCAAUGGUUUGCCCUCACCGUCAGUGUUGUUGCAGUCGCGAAAUCUACGAGGAAGUUUACCGUUCCUGUCGGAGGCAUUACGUCAUCAAAACGUGUCAUCGGGAGCUAUAGCAGCGGCAUUAAAGCGUCGCCAAAUGACAGCAGCCUUUCAUCAAAAAGCAGCCCGUUCGUCUCGCUACUCCAUUCUAACACUCGGUCAGCCAGUCAGAGUCCGUGUAGGAAAAAAGUGGGUACGCGGAAACGUCAAGCUAGGAGAACCUGUCGUUCAUCCAGCAAAGGCCACAGCUCAAAAACAGUCAGCAGUUCCCCCUAAAUCGUCCUUGGAGCAGCAGCAGCCCAGUCGUGUCUACACACCUUGUUCCAGGCAACAGUCGGUGUUUUCGUUUCCGGCCCUGUCCUUGCCACGGUCGGUUAUUUCGUCGCAGCCGCCGGCUGUACUUCAGCCCCCAGCUCUGCAGCCGAUUCCAUCAGUUGUGGUGUUGCCCCUCCCUCCAAAUCCUGUUCGUGUCGCUCGUCAAGUUGUUCGCAAGCCAUUGACGGUCAAAGUCUGGCCAUCGAGUUCCCGGAGUAGUUCCAGGUUGGCAGCGCAACGUCCCACCCUAUUGCCAGAGCAGCGACGGUCCGUCUCAUUGAGCCCAGCUCGCCCUCCUGAUCCGGCUGCGCAAGUAACAGAAGAAAAUUUGGGAGCGGAACCAGCGGCCGAGUCGACUAGUCUAACUCCAGCCAAACCGUCGGAAGCCGUUCAAGAGUAG